GAGAGGGUGAGCAUGCUGGUGAUCCUGCUCAACUGCGUGACGCUGGGCAUGUUCCACCCCUGCGAGGACAUCGCCUGCGACUCGCCGCGCUGCAGGAUCCUCCAGAGCUUCGACGAUUUCAUCUUUGCCUUCUUCGCCGUGGAAAUGAUCGUCAAGAUGAUCGCGCUGGGGAUUUUUGGGAAGAAAUGCUACUUGGGAGACACGUGGAACCGCCUGGACUUCUUCAUCGUCAUCGCAGGGAUGCUGGAGUACUCCCUGGACCUGCAGAAUGUCAGCUUCUCAGCGGUCCGCACCGUCCGCGUCCUGCGGCCGCUCAGGGCCAUUAACAGGGUCCCCAGUAUGCGCAUCCUGGUGACGCUCCUUUUGGACACACUGCCCAUGCUGGGGAACGUCCUCCUCCUCUGCUUCUUCGUCUUCUUCAUCUUCGGCAUCGUGGGAGUCCAGCUGUGGGCAGGUUUGCUCAGGAACCGCUGCUUCCUCCCUGAGAACUUCAGCAUCCCCUACACGGUGGAUUUGGAGCGAUAUUACCAGACGGAGAAUGAAGAUGAGAACCCCUUCAUCUGCUCCCAGCCCCGGGAAAAUGGGAUGCGCUACUGCCGGAGUAUCCCAACACGGAGGGAAGAGGGUCUUGAGUGCACCCUGGAUUAUUAUUCCUACAACGACACCACCAACACGUCCUGUGUCAACUGGAACCAGUAUUAUACCAACUGCUCUGCUGGGGAGCACAACCCUUUCAAGGGAGCCAUCAACUUUGAUAACAUUGGAUAUGCCUGGAUUGCGAUAUUUCAGGUCAUCACACUGGAAGGCUGGGUGGACAUCAUGUACUUUGUCAUGGACGCACAUUCCUUCUACAACUUCAUCUACUUCAUCCUCCUGAUCAUUGUGGGCUCCUUCUUCAUGAUCAACCUCUGCCUUGUGGUGAUAGCAACGCAGUUCUCCGAGACAAAGCAGCGCGAGAGCCAGCUGAUGAAGGAGCAGCGGGUGCGCUACCUGUCCAACGCCAGCACUCUCGCCAGCUUUUCAGAGCCAGGCAGCUGCUAUGAUGAACUCCUCAAGUACCUGGUUUACAUUGCCCGGAAAGGCAGCAAGCAGCUUGUGGAGGUCUACCGGGUGGCGGGCGUAAGGAUGGGCUUCCUCACCAGCCCCGCGAGCAAGACAGGGGCCGACCGGCACUCUGGGAAGCGCCGGAGCAGGAAGAGGUCCUCUGUGCACCACCUCAUCCACCACCAUCACCACCACCACCACCACUAUCACCUGGGCAAUGGGAACCUGCGGGCACCCCGCGCCAGCCCAGAGAUCAGUGAUGUGGAGACCAGCUCGCUCCACAAUGGGACCAACCGGCUGAUGCUCCCCCCCUCGGCACCGAACCCCCAUGGGGCCCCCAGUGCUGCUCCCAGCAACACCGAGUCUGUCCACAGCAUCUACCAUGCUGACUGCCACUUCGAGCCGGUGCGCUGCCGCUCAGCCCUCCCGCAGCCAGGCCUCAGCUUGCCAAGCCCGGAGGGGAUCCCCAAGAACAUUGUGGGCAGCAAGGUGUACCCCACGGUGCACCCCAGUACCUCCCAUGAGAUGCUGAAAGAGAAGAGUCUGGGGGAGGCGGCAGUUGGUGCUGGGAGCAGCACCUUGACGAGCCUCAACAUCCCGCCCGGGCCAUACAGCACCAUGCACAAGCUUCUGGAGACGCAGAGUACGGGGUUCUUUUCAGUCCAUGUUACGGAGAAAGGCGAUGGCUUUCCAGGUCCCUGCCAAAGCUCCUGCAAGAUCUCCAGCCCCUGCACCAAGCUGGACAGUGGCUCCUGCAACCCGGAGAGCUGCCCUUACUGCCUCAAGGCGCUGGCGAGCGAGGCCGAGCUGACGGACAACGAGACAGCCGACUCGGACAGUGAGGGGGUCUACGAGUUCACGCAGGAUGCCCACUACAGCGACCAGCGGGACCCGCAGCGGGGCAGAGCCCGGGCCAGGAGAGCGAGCCGGGUGCUGGCCUUCUGGCACGUGGUGUGUGAGACCUUCCGGAAGAUCGUGGACAGCAAAUAUUUUGGCCGUGGGAUCAUGGUGGCCAUUCUCAUCAACACGCUCAGCAUGGGGAUCGAGUACCACGAGCAGCCAGAGGAGCUUACCAACGCCCUGGAGAUCAGCAACAUAGUCUUCACAAGCCUCUUUGCCCUGGAGAUGCUGUUGAAAGUCCUUGUUUAUGGUCCUUUUGGCUACAUUAAGAAUCCAUACAACAUCUUUGAUGGGAUCAUCGUGGUGAUUAGUGUGUGGGAGAUAGUGGGGCAGCAAGGCGGGGGGCUCUCGGUCCUGCGGACCUUUCGGCUCAUGCGAGUUUUGAAGCUGGUCCGCUUCAUGCCAGCACUCCAGCGCCAGCUCGUAGUCCUCAUGAAGACAAUGGACAAUGUGGCCACGUUCUGCAUGUUGCUGAUGCUCUUCAUCUUCAUCUUUAGCAUCCUGGGGAUGCACCUCUUUGGCUGUAAGUUUGCUUCGGAGCGCGACGGCGACACACUGCCCGACAGGAAGAACUUCGACUCCUUGCUCUGGGCCAUCGUCACCGUUUUCCAGAUUUUGACCCAGGAAGACUGGAACAAGGUCCUCUACAACGGCAUGGCAUCGACCUCCUCCUGGGCUGCUCUCUACUUCAUCGCUCUCAUGACGUUUGGGAAUUACGUUCUCUUUAACCUGCUGGUGGCCAUCCUGGUAGAGGGUUUCCAGACAGAGGAGAUCUCCAAGCGAGAAGACGCGAGUGGGCAGUUAAGCUGUAUUCAGCUGCCUGUCGACUCGUCGGGGAAAGGCAAACUGGGAGUGCAAGAACAGGGUGAUGCUUCCAAGUCUGAUUCCGAGGGGGAUCUCUUCCCCCGCAGCCUGGAAGAGGAGGGAGGACUUAAGAAAAACUUCUCGAAUCCAGCCUUGAUGGCCCUGAGUGACCACCCGGAGCUGAAGAAGAGCCUGACCCCGCCGCUCAUCAUACACACCGCUGCCACACCAAUGCCCAUGCCCAAGAGCGCCAUGUUUGGAGACGCAGCGCAGGGCUAUGAGUCCCGCCGAGCCAGCGGCGUCUCCAUGGACCCCGCCGCCUACGAGCUCAAGUCCCCGCCCAGCACCCGCAGCUCCCCGCACAGCCCCUGGAGCGCCAGCAGCAGCUGGAACAGCCGCCGCUCCAGCUGGAACAGCAUCGGCCGGGCCCCCAGCCUCAAGCGUCGGGGUCAGAGCAGCGAGCGCAGAUCCCUCCUCUCCGGAGAGGGGAAGGAGAGCUCGGAGGAAGGGGAGAGCUCAGACGAGGAGCGCUCCAGCCGGGCAGGCAGCUUCAAUGGCUCUUUGCCUCAUCGCAUGGAGUCGCUGGAAACAAAAGGCUCCUUUGACCUCCAGGAUACCCUGCAGGUGCCUUCCUUGUACCGGACCAGCAGCAUGCACAGCAGCCGGACCUCUGCCUCUGAGCACCAGGACUGCAAUGGGAAGACCUCUCCGGGUCUGCUGCUGCACCAGCUCCACCUGGAUGACCCCCGACAGGACUGCGAUGACUGCGAUGAUGAAGGCAACAUGAGCAAAAGGGACCGCAUGAAGGCGUGGGUACGGGCACAUCUCCCCACCUGCUGCAAAGAGAGAGACUCCUGGUCCAUCUACAUCUUUGCCCCUCACUCAAGAUUUCGUCUGAUGUGCAAUAAAAUCAUAACACACAAGAUGUUUGAUCAUAUCGUCUUGGUGAUCAUUUUCCUGAACUGCAUUACCAUUGCCAUGGAACGACCCAAAAUCGAGCCUCACAGCGCUGAACGGAUUUUCCUAACGCUCUCCAACUACAUCUUUACAGUUAUCUUCCUGACUGAGAUGACCGUUAAGGUGGUGGCACUAGGCUUGUGUUUUGGGGAGAAAGCCUACUUGAAAAGCAGCUGGAAUGUGCUGGAUGGGGUGCUGGUUCUCAUCUCCGUCAUCGACAUCCUGGUCUCGAUGGUGUCAGACAGCGGGACAAAAAUCCUGGGGAUGCUACGGGUUUUGAGACUGCUGAGGACACUGCGGCCCUUAAGAGUCAUUAGUCGAGCUCAAGGACUGAAGCUGGUGGUGGAGACUCUCAUGUCAUCCCUGAAGCCCAUUGGGAACAUCGUGGUCAUCUGCUGUGCCUUUUUCAUAAUCUUUGGGAUCUUGGGAGUUCAGCUUUUCAAAGGCAAGUUUUUUGUCUGCCAGGGGGAGGACACCAGAAACAUCACAAAUAAAUCGGAUUGUACAGAAGCAAGCUACAAAUGGGUCCGGCACAAGUAUAAUUUUGAUAAUCUCGGCCAGGCCCUGAUGUCCCUCUUUGUUCUGGCCUCCAAGGACGGGUGGGUGGAUAUCAUGUACGAUGGCUUAGAUGCUGUGGGAGUUGACCAGCAGCCAGUCAUGAACUACAACCCAUGGAUGCUCCUCUACUUUAUCUCCUUGGUGGAGAAUUUCCACAAGUGUCGGCAGCACCAGGAGGAGGAAGAAGCCAAGAGGCGGGAGGAGAAGAGGCUUCGCCGGUUGGAGAAAAAGAGAAGGAGUAAGGAGAAACAGAUGGCUGAUCUAAUGCUGGAUGAUGUAUUAAUGGAGAGCUCAGCCAGUGCAGUGCAAGAAGCACAGUGUAAGCCCUACUAUUCGGAUUACUCCCGCUUCCGCCUCCUGAUCCACCAGAUGUGCACCAGCCACUACCUGGAUUUGUUCAUCACUGGAGUGAUUGGCCUUAACGUGAUCACCAUGGCCAUGGAGCACUACCAGCAGCCCAAGGUUCUUGAUGAAGCCCUGAAGAUUUGCAAUUACAUCUUCACCGUUAUCUUUGUCCUGGAGUCUGUUUUCAAGCUUAUUGCCUUUGGGUUUCGUCGCUUCUUCCAAGACAGAUGGAACCAAUUAGAUCUGGCAAUUGUGCUGCUGUCUAUCAUGGGCAUCACUUUGGAAGAGAUUGAGGUGAACGCUUCGCUACCAAUUAACCCCACUAUUAUCCGAAUCAUGAGGGUUCUCAGGAUUGCUCGAGUGUUGAAGUUGCUGAAGAUGGCUGUAGGGAUGAGAGCCCUGUUGGACACCGUGAUGCAAGCACUGCCGCAGGUGGGGAAUCUGGGUCUUCUCUUCAUGUUGUUGUUUUUCAUAUUUGCAGCUCUUGGAGUGGAGCUGUUUGGAGACCUUGAGUGCGACGACACGCACCCCUGUGAGGGGCUGGGACGGCACGCCACCUUCAGAAACUUUGGGAUGGCCUUUCUGACUCUCUUCCGAGUAUCCACGGGAGACAACUGGAACGGGAUAAUGAAGGACACGCUGCGAGACUGUGACCAGGAAUCCACCUGUUACAACACCGUCAUUUCACCCAUCUACUUCGUCUCCUUCGUGCUGACGGCCCAGUUUGUCCUGGUGAACGUGGUGAUCGCUGUGCUCAUGAAGCACUUGGAGGAGAGCAACAAGGAGGCCAAGGAGGAGGCAGAGCUCGAGGCAGAACUGGAGAUGGAAAUGAAGACAAUCAGCCCUGGCCAACACAGCCCCUCGGACAUCUUUGCAUGGACAGGCAGCGCUGGUGGAGAGAGACCGGAGAGCCCCCGAGGAUGUACCAAUCCCAUGCAAAUCAAGGUGGAUUCUCAGCUCUCAUUAGUUUACCCUAUGGUGAGAAUGUCUCUGUCUACCAUAUCACUGCUGAUCCAGGAGUCUCUGGAAGGAGAGCUGAAGCUGAUGGACAACCUGUCAGGCUCUGUGUGCCAUCAUUAUGCCCUCCCAGCUCCCGAAUAUUACAACUCUGAGAACCAGAUCCCUCUAGCUGAGAUGGAGGCUCUGUCUCUGACGUCAGAUAUUCUCUCUGAAAAGUCCUGGUCCUUAGCUCUGACGGAUGACUCUUUUCCUGAUGAUACUAACACACACUUACUUAAUGCUCUGGAAAGCAAUGCUGAUCUCCGCUCCAAAGACGACACGCUGACCCUGUCUCCCAGCAAGGACUUGCUGAGCGUGAGAAAGCCUUCGGUGGGGCGCACCCACUCUUUGCCAAAUGACAGCUACAUGUUCCAGCCGCCGUACUCCAGCCCCUGCCCUGCCUCCCUGGGCGAGAAGAAUCCGGCACAUCACAAGUCCCAGUCAGGUUCAAAGGCAUCGGUGCAGUCGCAGCCAGCAGACACCAGCUCUCUCCUGCAAAUUCCAAAAGACCACUUUCACCACAUCAGAGCUCAUGACCAUUUGGCGAGGGAGAGCAAACCCCAGGUUUCCCAGCAGGUGCACUCUCCUUCUGCUGAAAGGCUGCUCCGCAGACAGAUGGCUAUAAGGAACGACUCGUUGGAUAGCAAGGAGAACCUCCACACCGAGGUGAGUGAACUCUCUGACCCAAAUGUCCCCGCUGUGCCCAAGGAGGAGUCACCAGUGGCUCUGAUGCCCUCAGAAGCACAGGAUUUGGCUGCAUGGAGCCGGGCAAGUGUUCAUACGCAGCAGCUUUCCCACAAUCAGUAUAAUAUUUCAAAGCAGGCACCAGCAUCGUGUGCUUGUGCAGACUCGUAUCAGGAGACGCCUGGAGAUUCAAUGGACCAAGAAGUAUCUGAAAUAAACAGCUCCUCGGAGCCUUUCACUUCAGAAACUUGUACAGCCUCGAGUGCCUGUUCAGAUGUUCAGCCUCUCACUCCUAAGAGGAACAUAGGCAAUACUGGCAACGUUACACUGAAGGACCUGAAGAAAUACCACAGUGUAGACACCCAGGGUCUUCUAAAAAAACCGCCGUCUUGGUUAGAUGAUCAAAGGAGACAUUCAAUAGAAAUUUGUUCAAUGGAAAACAGCCCUCAGCACCAUUCCACAUCUAGCUCUUCUGGCUUCAUAAGUCAGGUGGUAAGUGAAAUGGAAGGCUUGCAAGGAACACGGCAGAAGAAAAAACUGAGCCCUCCAUGUAUAUCUAUAGAUCCACCCGAUGGACAGAGUUUACUACCUAGAGGACCUCACAGCAUCUCACCUGCCAGUGGAGACAUUUGCUUGAGACGGCGUGCUCCAUCUUGUGAAUCCAAGGAUUCGAUGGAUAUAGGGGAUUCAUUGCUUCCAGACAGUAUGUCAACAUCUCCUGCCCCAAAGAAAGACUUGUUGACACUUCCUAGCUUUUCCUUUGAUCAAACGGAAAUGGACCCCUGA